AUGACGACGACAACGACUGGAGCACAACGUCUGCCGGCGCACGAUCCGCUGCGUCGAUCGACGGAACGCUAUUUCACCGUGCUGCAGCGGAAUCCUUCUGCCUACGUUCGCUUCCCAGCGUCUUCCCAGCAACUACCCUCGAUUCUGGUGUCCAGAACCACCCCAUUGGGCACGGUUAUUGGCCAAGUACAAGCCACAGCCCCGGCCCCACACCUCAUUGACUACUAUUUAACGGAAUUCCGUCAAGUAGCGAUUGAUUGGAGCUGUGGCCCGAGAAGCUGUGACUAUGAAGCGGUUAGAUGGCUGGACGUGGAUCGUAAAAGUGGGCAGCUGAGGAUGACCAGGAGACCUUAUUUGCUGGAUUAUAUGGAGGAGGAGGGGGAGGCGCGGGAAUGGAGAGUAGAGAUUACGGCUAUUUGGAACGGUUUCACGGCCUCGCAAAUGGUGAUCAUUCGAUUCGACGAUGGGAAUGAGUUUGCUGGGAUCGAUGGUAGUGUGGGUGAAAGAGAGCGAAAUUUCGAACGAUUCUUCGAGUUUGAU